AUGCAAAUUCUUUCUCUCGCCGCCAUGGCCGCGGCGGCGGCGGCGGCGGCCUCCUCGCCUAGCACUUUCGCUUUGAACGCCGUCCCCAACAACAGCACACACGUCAACCUUGUCACUACCUAUGCGCAUCUCUACCAAAAGUAUCGCAUCCCCCCUCCCCCUUCUCUCUCCUCUGCACUUCAUCAGCGCUCUCUCGCCAAGCGCUCCUCCUCCUCCUCUGGCUGCGCCACCUCUGGCUCCGUCACCGCCCACCCAAACGCCUUUGUCGACGGCGCGUACCUCAUCGAUGUCGACAUUGGCACGCCGCCGCGACGCUUCCACCUCAAUCUGGACACGGGCUCCAGCGACGUCUGGGUAUACGGGUCCGUCAUCCCAGACAAAUUUCUGAGCGGUCAGACACAGUACGACCCGGCGCGGAGCCGCACAGCGCAGCUGCUGCUGCCGCCGGUGCUCUGGCUGGCGGGGUAUAUCGACUUUAGCUUCGUCGGAGGCAUAGUGUAUCGAGAGACGGUGACGGUGCUGACGGAGGAGGGAAAAGGACAGGGCCGGCUGGUGGUGGAGGACCAGGGCUUGCAAGUGGCGGCGGUGGUGUCGGAGAGCAUUGCGCAGGAUAGAGGGAUGGAUGGCAUAAUGGGGCUGGGGUUCGAUAAGCUCAACUUUGCGUUUCCGACGAAGCAAAAGACGUGGUUCAGCAACAUCAAGCACCGGCUGAGCGCGCCGUUGUUUACGGUUGAUUUCCGACACCGAGAGCAGGGUAAAUUCACGUUUGGGUAUAUUGACGAGGCAGUCGGCCCCCUCACUUACACGCCCGUCGACGCCAGCGCAGGCUACUGGACGUGGACCUCACCCGGCUAUGCCGUCGGUAACGGCCCCUUUCAGCAGCGAGCACUCACCGGGACGCUCGAUACCGGCACGACCAUCAUGAUCAUGCCCUCCGACGUCGUCAAGGCCUACUACGCGGGGGUGCCGGGGGCCACGUACAGCGCCGCCGAACACGGCUACGUGUUUGACUGCGACGCGGCGCUACCUGACUUUACUUUUGGCGUGUCAAGCAACGCCACAAUCAAAGUACCUGGAUCGUACAUCGAGGCGUCGACGGCCGAGAAUGAACCGGGCAAGUGUGUCGGGGCGCUGCAGAGCGGCUUCGGCGACAUUGUGGUAUUUGGUGCGCCGGCGCUCCAAGCGAGCGUAGCGGUCUUUGACGCAGAGGGGCUGCGGAUCGGCUGGGCCAAUAAGACAUUGGCAGCGUAA